AUGUGUGUUCGCAGGUGCUGGGAGAGUAUCACGUAUACAACUCAUGCCGACUAUACUUUCUUGGACAACCUGGAGCCCCUCCUGGAAAGGUGGAGAGGCCCGAUAUCCCUGGCCCUCCACGCUCCAAGUACCGACUUUACCACAACCCUUCAGACGAUAAGCUAUUUGAGAGAUUGCAGCCCUCAGCCGAUCGCUGAGUACGUCACCUUCCACAUCUAUUUCCCGAGCAAACACAUGCCCAAGAACAUACCACGAGGGUCAAAAGUGUUUAGCCAGAAGUACAACUGCAGCGCCCCUCCGCCUUGGACUAACCCCUCGAGCUACAAGAGCCAGAAGAAGCUGCUGUACCCCGUCAACGUAGGCAGAAACAUCGCCAGGGAAUCGGCCACCACGUAUUACAUUCUGGCUUCUGAUAUUGAGCUGUACCCAAGCCCUGGUGUGAUUUCCGACUUUUUAGAAAUGGUCCGCCGCCAGGACCCGCCUUUGAGGCAUAAGAAUCCCAAAGUCUUUCCCCUCUCUAUCUUUGAAAUCGAAGCCAACUGUUCUCUCCCGAAUGAUAAGACUGAAUUAGUAUCGAUGCUGAGGAAUGGAUCAGCUAUUCCAUUCCACAAGAAAGUGUGCCCUGAUUGCCACAAUGUUCCGCACUCUAAGGAGUGGGCAAAUUACACAGUCGGGGGAGGUGGACUAAAGGUGUUCCACAUCGGAAAGCGGAUGGGUUACCAUGUCCAUUGGGAACCCAUUUAUAUUGGAACACAUGCAGACCCUCUCUAUGAUGAAAGACUAUCCUGGGAGGGUAAAAGUGACAAGAUGACCCAGGGUUAUGCAUUGUGUGUUCUGGACUACGAAUUUCAGAUCCUUGACAAUGCUUUCCUUGUCCACAAACCUGGGAUAAAAACUCUCAAAAAAGAUCCAGCAAGAGCCAUCCAAGCAGGAAAGACAAACUCAUUAAUCAGAAAAAUAAUAUACCCAGAACUUAAAAUCCUUUAUGGAACCAAGAAAGGAUGUGCUGUCUGACAUUGGCUGAAAUCGAUAGUAAUAUUAAAGCCAUUGUUUUAUUUUAUUUAAAUUUAAUUUGAAAAUUUAGAUUACUGUAAAGGAGUGUGGAUAUGAAAGAUAUUUGAACGGGUUCCUUUUUUAAGUUACUCGAAUUAAUUUCCUAAAUUAUUUUAGUCGAAAUGCUCAAUAGUUUUUUAUUUUUUGUUAAUCUUGACAUUUGUCGACUAUUUAAUGAGGAGCCAUCAUGGUUUAUUUGCUGUCAAUAUGGCUUGUUUCAUUGAGCUAUUUUAAUAUGUAAUUGUAAUUACCAUGAUGUGUGAUCCAUUAAUUCACAGUUGAUAUCAUUAGUUAUGUUGUUCCUAUAUCUUUUAAUUUUAGUAUCAUAUCAUUGUAAUAUGGUUAGUUUAAAAGUGUUUGUAAUUCAUACUGUUACUUAAAUUUUAUUCCAUUUUAAUUUAAUUUCUGUUUUGUUCGUUUUAGGUAUCGUUUCUAAACUAAACAUAUUAAUUCUCAUUUUUAAAACCUGAAACUGUUUUGAGAUAAAAUUUCUUUUCAGUUUGAUAAGGAUACUUUAUGUGAACACAAAAAUCAAUGUUGAUACAUGCAGUUAAAGCAUCUGUUGUUUCAUUUAAGUUUUUAUUGAGCAAAAGCAUUAUUUAUUUCAUUAGUUACAUUUUUAUUCUUAAUUGGACAAAAAAAGGCAUUGAUGUUAUGAGUAGUGAUAUGUUACCAUUAUAGGUAAAAUAAGGUGGUAGAGAGGAAAAGAAACACUAAUAUUUCUCUGAAUCAUUCAUGUUUUGAUCUUCCUUUUAUGUGGACAAUUUUUUCUUAAAAUUUGUUAUAUCCAAACUAUCCCAAUUUAUGAUCUUAUUAUGAAUCACUUAACUUUUGCUUAGUUCUUUUCCCUUUAUGCUUCUUGUUCGAAUAUGGUGGUUCUGGAGAAGUCUUAUUAUCAAUAUAACACAUAUCGUCUUUUGUUCAUUAAAUGUUAUCAAGAAUUUCAGUGCCUUAAAAAAAUAAUUAAAUGAUUUAUGUUUUAAUCCUCAAAUAAUAAGAGUAAAAAUAAAAGUGUUUCAAUAAAUAAAAUGAAAUUGUAAUGUUGUGUAUAUUAGAAUAUGUAUGUAAUUAAUUAACCAUUCUGGACUGUUUAUAAAAUCAAAUUAUUUUUAAGAUUUUGUGUAUAAAUUAAUCAACACGAUGUUAGCACAGAAACUGUAGUGCCAUAAGUAGUGUUAGCUAAGAAGUAUUAUGGUAGUAAGUUUAUCAUUUCCACUUUUAUUAUUUUGGCCUUCCAGCUACUCCAUUCCUUUUGGCUUAGUGCAUCACAAAUCUAUUCUUAUCUGUAUGUUACUAUUAUCUAUGAAGUUAUACUGAAAAAAAAAAAAAAAGAAAUUAGAGAAGCCUUUAUAGAGUCAUAUAUAUUUUUAAGUAGAAAUUUUAAUUAUUCAAACCAAUAAAUGAUUCAGUAUUUCUAUUUUAUUUUCAUGAAGUAAAUAAAUUUAAAAUAAAUAAAUGUAAGUCUGUUGCUUAGCUAAAAAAAAUAUAUGUAAAAUAAAAAAAUGAAUUUUUAUAACAUAAAAAUAGUGAGUUUUUAACUUUCAAUGUAUGCAUAUUAUUUUAUUAUUUUUAUGAAUCUAUUGUAUAUAAACAUGCAAAUCAACAAUUAUGUUCAUAAAUGGAUAGCAGCUAAAUAGAAUUCAUAAUCUCAAUAGCUUUUGUUAUCUCCAUAUUUGAAAACAGUUUUUAUAUCAUGAUGGAGAUUUAUUUUUGUACUUUUUCUAUUAAUUAUCUUUCUGAAUAUAAUCCAUCCUCCUACAAUGAACUUGAAUGUAUAUUUUAAAAAAAUUAAAACUGCCUAUUUUUAUAAUAUAGAAAAAAUAUGCUAAACUGGAAAUUCAUAUUUGUUUUAAAUAUAUGAAUCAGUGGUCUUUCAACUAUUUAGCUGCAACCAUAUCAACGUAUAGUAGCUUGCCUUUUCUCAAAGCGAUAGAAUAGAAAAGGAAGGAGUAUAUUAUUCUUCUAUAUGAUUUUUUUUUAUUUAUAAUUUUAAAGCUCUAAUGUUUCUGUUACAUAUUUUUGGAUUUGUACAAUAUUGACAUUCAUAAUGAACCAUAUUGUUCACUUAUAUCACUCUUUUUUGUUUUAUUUCAUAUUGAUUGUAAAUUUCUUAUUUGUAUCUUCUUUUUUUUUUUUUAAAAAUACUGUGUACAAACUUCAAAAAUGUAAUCUGUACAUAUUAUAUUACCCCAUUAUUAUUCAUGAAAUGAGUUGAUUAAAUUCAAUUGUACUCUGUACAUAUAUUGAUUUUUUGUUGUUUUUUGUUUGCAGUUUUUCCUAUUGUAUUUUGUUUCCUAUUUUUUAUUUUGUUUUGAAUUGUUUUUUAUUUAUUAAUAUAUACGUUUUUUUAGUGAUUAUUUCUCAAAUUGGUCAAAAUAUUUUUUAAGUCAUUUGUAUUAAUAUAUUUCAUUUAAUUCUUUAAUUUUAAUGAUGAAUCAUUGAGGCCUUCUACUAGCUAUUGCCUUAUAUAUGUAGGUUAUAAAUAAGAUACCAACCAAUUGAUAUAGGAAAAAAAUGUAGAGCACCUGUGAUCAAUUUUGUCCAUUUUGCUGUAUUUGUAUUGCAAAAAAAAUAAGUAAAUACAAUUUUAAAAAAUCAAAGAUAAAAAAAUUGUGUAUGUAAAUCUUUUCUUUUUUUUUUUUAGAAAUAAUUGGUUAAAUAUCAAUUUGUUAAGUGUUGAGAAGUUGUUGAGAGCCGUAGGUUUUGUGAUAUUUUAACUAUAAGAUUUUUAAAAAACAAAUAAAAACAAAAAAUAUAUGUAUUAUGUUUUUUUUUAUCUUUAUCAAUGCUAAUAUUUAGACCCUGGCUUUAUUUCUGUGUCCAAAUUUUAUGUUAUUAUUAUAGUCACAAUUUUACGUUGGGGUGGUGGGGCCUCUUUCUUUAUGGGUUUUGUUUUGUAAACUUUCAUGAAGCAGAAAAAAAAAAAUUUGAACAUCAGUCUGCCAAUAUAUAUAUAUAUUGUGUUUGAUUAAUUGUUAGAUAUUUGUUGUGGUCUUCUGAACAUAAUCAUUGCUAUUAAAAUGCCCUCAAUUUUUUUUUUAUAAAUAACUUUGUUUUAUCAACUAUAUUACAUUAUUAAUAAAUAGGGAGAACAAAAUGUGAACAUAAUUUUCUAGUUAUUUGAGUAAAAAUAACAAAAUGUAACAAUUAUAUUAGGUAAAGUUUAUUCUAGUUAGUGAACUGCAAUAAUAUCACACACCUUUAAUGAGUGAAAGUUAAUUUGAAAAAUAAUUAAAAUCUUUUUAUUUAAUGGAUAAAGUAUAUUGAAUUAAUGAAGAUUCAUUAACAAAACAAUAUAUUUUAAAGACAUAUCCAAUAGGAAAAAAAAAACUACACAUUUGAUUUUAAGAUAUUACCUUAGCAGACAAAAAAUAUCAGAUAUCUUCUUUAUUUAUGAAAGAACAUAAAUAUGUAAAUUUUUUUGCCACACUUCCAGUAUUAUAUUCAGAAGGUCCCAAAAAACUAUUUUAUAGUUUCUUCCAAAUCAUUAGUUUUUAUCUUAAUUUCAAAAUAAAAUGUAUAUCAUUAAACCAAUAAAACCAAACUAUAAUAGAAUAGUGUCAUUCCUUAUAGUUAAAAUAUAAAUUAUUACUUAAUAAUAUUUUUAUUACUUAUUUAGAACAUUUCUGUACCAUUCCUGUUUAUCAUAAAUCAUUUGGAAAAGAAACAAUGACUAUAAUAUUAUUAAUUUACAAAUAUGCAAUUACCUUUUUUAUUGAUGAUUUAUUAAAAACAAAGAUAAAGCAAUUUGAACUUAGAUUUUAUGAAACCAAUCCAAUCCAUUGAUCUAUGUGUAUCAGUAAAUUUAAGCAAAAUUAUUUAUUAAAACUCUUACAAAUUGAUAACUAUGUAUAUAUAUUUUCUAUUUUAUUAGUUUAAAGCUACUUGUAAUGAGAGGACAUUAGGUGCUUAGUCAAUACAAUGCUCGUUUCUCUGAAGGAAUGCUUCUAAUAUCUUUGUACUGAUAGUAAUUAUAACAAAUUCUUUGUUAUUAUUGGACUGUACAUAAUUUUCUUUAUCUGCUUCUUGAAGUCACCUAAAAACAAAUUUAAGCUUUUUCAAUGAUUCAGUAAAAGAUAGAUUAAAUGUAUAUUGACUGUUUGCCUGAGAUUGUAAAAUAUGAGUGAAUGAGUUAUGUGUGUAUUUAAUGCAUAUAGAAAGAAUAAGUCUUAUCUGAAAUGUAAAUAUUUGUUCAAUUAGUAACAAUUCAUCUUAUACAUAAUAAAUAGGUUUAUAAAUUACAUGUUUGCUCUAGGCAAAUUAUGAAAUAUAUUUUUGCAAUGUUUAAGUCAUUGUAUUUUUAAAAUAUAUCAAUACUUCAUCUGUCCUAUUAAAAAUACAGAAUAAAUCAUUUCAUAAUUUA